AUGAGUUAUUUUGAAGGGGCUUCCACCGCGGCUGACCCAUCGGAUGCAUCGAUUGGUGUUGAUUCCGAUACUUGGCAGCUGCCUCUUCCUUCGGGAGAAUACGAGGUGUUUCUGAACUUCAGAGGCCCGGACACUCGUUAUCAGAUCACCGAUAUCCUUUAUCGGUUUCUGGUUCGCUUGAGGAUUCGAACAUUUUUAGACGAUGAGAAUCUCCGGGAAGGGGAAGGGAUAUGGCCAAACCUCGUCGAGGCCAUCGAGCAAUCGAAGAUUUACGUUCCGAUUUUCUCGGAGGACUACGCCAACAGUAAAUGGUGUCUCAGAGAGCUGGCCGCUAUUGUUGAACGCCAAAAACACGAGGAGGGUUGCAUCAUACUCCCCAUUUUUUACAUGGUCAAUCCCAGCGACGUACGACAUCAAACCGGUCCUUUCAAGCAGGCAUUUCGAAAGCGCUCAAGGAGUUUUGAUGAGAGGACCGUACAAGAGUGGAGAGAUGCUCUGAGUAAAGUUGGAGCUCUGAAAGGAUGGCAUGUCGAAAGCAACGAUAAGUAUGCAUCUCUUCCUCGCGCCUCUUUGUUAUCUUAUUGUUACAAAUUAAAUUCAAAUACCAAAAUUUUCAGGCAGGGAGCUAUUACGGAUCUUGUUUAUAGCAUUAUAUGGUCACAUCUAAGCAAGAGCAUAUAUGUAGUAGAGACUGACAAAUUGGUUGCAAUAGAUGAUCAUAUAGAAGCAGUAAAAGAAAGGAUGGAACUCGAUUCUGCAAGUGUGGGAGUGGUUGGAAUUCAUGGUAUUGGUGGUAUAGGUAAAACCACCAUUGCAAAGGCUGUUUACAACAAAAUAUCAGGUAGUUUUGCUCGCUGUAGCUUUGUAGGCAACGUGCGAGAAACACUAGAGCAGAGGGACGGUAUUAUUAGUUUGCAGAAGAAAAUAAUUUCGGACGUUAUGAGACUGACAACCGUUGAACCUAUCACUAGUGUCAGUGACGGAAUCAGAAUCAUACGUGAGAGGGUGUCCGGAUUCAAAGUGCUUAUUAUCCUCGACGAUGUGGACGAGAAAUCUAAACUCGACGAAAUAUUAGGAAAGUUCGAGAAUUUCGCAUCUGGAAGCAGAUUUAUCGUUACUUCUAGAAACGUCAGAGUUUUGAGAACUUUCACGGAAGAUGACAAGCUUUAUAAAGUUCGUGGAAUGAGUCAUACUCACUCACUUCAGCUUUUCUACAAGCAUGCAUUCGAUCUGGAUUCUCCUCUGCCAGGUUAUGAAACCUUGUCCAGUGAUGUUGUUUCUACCACGGGGGGACUUCCACUCACACUCAAGGUUGUAGGAUCACUUUUAUAUAAGGAAGAUAAAGGGUUUUGGAAAGAAAAACUAGCCCAGUUUCAACAACACACACUCGAGGAAGAGGUUGUGGAGGUAUUAAUGAUCAGCUACGCUUCAUUAAACUACCAGGCAAAGCAGAUUUUUUUGGAUAUUGCUUGUUUCCUCGUUGGAGAGGACAAAGAGAUGGCCAGUUACAUGUGGGCUGAUUGUGGAUUUUACCCCAUAAGUAAUGUUAUCAUACUUCUUCAGCGGUCGCUUAUUGAAAUCGGGGAUGGCAAUCAGUUUCAAAUGCACGAUCAACUUAGGGAUCUCGGUAUAAACAUUGUCCAUCGAGAAAAUGUUGAAAAUCCAUUGAGAAGAAGUAGAAUAUGGUCAAACCCACAAGCAUUGGAGUUGCUAAGUAGAGGACCAAGCCAAGUCCAGACCCUCAGAGUGAAUUCAGGAUCAUUUGUUGCGAAGGAGAUGGCAAGCGACUGUUUCGUAAAUUUGUCGGAGUUGAGAUAUUUGGACGCAGAAUAUACAAUGCUCAUUGGAGAUUUCAGUAAUCUUCUACCAAAGAUGAGAUGGUUUCGUCUGCACUACCACCGAAAUGCGGGUCAUAAUAAGCUGACUAAUUUGAAGAUGGAGAAUUUGACAAUUCUUGACCUCCAUUCAAGCGAUGUUCCAUAUGAUUGGGGAGAAAAGCUGAAGGUUAUAGAUCUUACUAAAUGUUAUAACAUGACGAGACUUCCCUGCUUCCCAACAUCUGGCAGUCUAGAGAUACUGAAUCUCAGUUGCCUCAUGCUGAGAUCUGCGGACCUAGAUCUUGGGAAUUUAAGCAACCUGAAAGUGCUGCUCCUGAAAGGUGGUGGAGUAAGAAAGAUAACGGGUGGAACCAUUGGGGUGCUUAAACAGCUGCGAGAGCUUGAUGUCACAGAAUUCCGUUGUGAGAAUCUAGGAGAAGCCCUUGCUGACAUUGGGGAACUACAGGUUCUUAAACACUUGAGAGCAAGUGGCACUGAUAUUGUGGCGACACAUGGAACUCGGGCUGGGAUUCGGUUACCCACAAGUUUGAAGGAGCUGAUCACUUCAUCUCCCAUUGCUAACCUUUCUGAGCUUAUUGAGAUGGAGACAUUAGUUGUUAGAGACUGUUCCUAUGGGCUUGAGAUCCCCCCAGCAGACACCAUGUGGUGGAAAUUGUCCAAGUUGAAGUCUAUGGAACUCUAUGGAACAAGGAUGACGACGACGAUUAGUCUUCGACCUUUCAGGCUGCUUCCUUCAACUCUUACCAGGCUGGAUAUCAGUGAAUAUUGGGGACUGGAUUGGCUCCCAAAUUUAGAGAAUCUGGAAAACUUGACUUUGCUAUCCAUUCACGACUGCCCAGCGCUCAAGGAGAUCCAAGGCUUAGGAGGGUUAAAAUCUUUGGAAAUUUUGAUAAUAGAGAGAGUGAGUUUGAGUAAUCUUAUAGGCCUUGACUGUCUUGUGGCUUUGAAAACGUUGGAAAUCUCAAGUUGUCAUGCUUUGCGAAGGCUGCCCAGCCUCGCGUCUUUGAGCAAUUUAUGCAAAUUUCAUUCAUAUGAAUGUCCUCAUCUCGUUGAAAUCCAAGGCAUUGAAGGCCUGGAAUCAUUGCAAGUGCUCAGUAUUGUGAGUGAAGAUAGCUUAAGUCUUCUCGAAGGCCUUGGAACUCUUCUGUCUUUUAACAAGCUGCAGAUUUUACAGAUAUGGGGUUGCCCUUGUCUCGCAGCACUAUCAUCCCAUGACCAGCAACUUGGUGGUGGUGGUGGCGCCAGCCAAUUAGUACUCCACUCAUUACAAGAACUGUCCAUAGGUGGAUCUGCAUUGCUGCUGCAGACUAGCUUUGGCCAGAUGCUUCAUCUGUCUAAGUUUCCGAGGCUUCUGGAGUUGGAAGUUUGGCAGUUGGAGGCUGUUGAUGUAGACAAGGAACUGCUGCUGGAGGGGCUCGAGUCCUUGGAAGAGUUGACAAGACUCACGUUGCGUGGCUUGGCAAUACAGAAACUACCUUCCCUGUCAAAACUGCAAAAGUUGGAAGCGUUAACUGUCACCGGUGCUUCAAAUUUGCGUGAGAUUGAGGGCAUUGCUGAUUUGAAAUCUUUGGAAUGGCUAGUGCUCAGUAGUUGCACAUCAUUUGAAACAUUACCAGAGGGACUGUCUGGUUUGAAGCGAUUGCGACAAGUUAACAUCGAAGGAUCCACAAACUUGACUUGCCUCUCUGCUCUAAGCUACCUACCGCCUAAUGUUUAUGUAUGGGGCCCGAAUCUUCUAUAA